AUUUUGUUGAAAGAAAUAUUUGGUUUCGAUUUUAAAAAGAUAACCAGUUUACAAAUAAGAUUUGGUUUGGUAUUGGUUUGACUAGUUCGGUUUGGUUUUGUCUUUUCUGAUAGAGGAACUGAACUUUAGCUUCCACCGAGAAAGAUUCCUUCUCUCCGACGACAAACCAGGCCUGCGACCUUGAGACAGAGCGAGAGAGAAAAUGGGUUUCUUCUCUUUUCUUGGAAGAGUUCUCUUCGCUUCUCUGUUCAUCCUCUCCGCUUGGCAAAUGUUCAAUGACUUUGGAGCUGACGGUGGUCCAGCAGCUAAAGAGUUGGCUCCAAAGCUUGACCUGACCAAAGCACAUCUCUCUUCCAGAUUAGGAGUAGCAUUGCCCGACAUAGAGGUGAAACAAGUCGUAUGGGCAAUUGUUGCUCUGAAAGGACUCGGGGGCUUACUCUUCGUCAUUGGCAACAUCUUUGGUGCCUAUCUUCUGGCUUUCUACUUGAUGGUCGUUAGUCCCAUUUUGUAUGAUUUCUACAACUAUGGACCCAAGGACCGCCAAUUCUCUCUUCUAUUGACUGAAUUCUUACAGAGCGUUGCACUUCUUGGGGCAUUGCUAUUUUUUAUCGGAAUGAAGAACUCCACGACCACCUCCAAGAGGAUUCAAAAGAAGAGGACUCCCAAGCCUAAAGCUGCGUAGAGCUCUUCGGUUCUAUUCCACACACAAGUGUCAGGCUUUUGAACAGCUUCUGUUAUCUUCAAGCAUUACCUUCAUUUUUCUUCCUUACAACUUUUGGUUCUUUAUCUAUUAUUGUAGGAUUCUAGACUUACCCACAUUUUGUAUCUCAUAUUAUUCCUUUCGAAUUAACUUUGAGAGCUAUGAGUUUUCUUUUGUUUGGAUCAUACCAUUCUUUCCAGUGAUUUUAAGAUUGGGUCGAGAA